CGAGUCGCUUUGACAGCGACAACAACAAUCUUGCUGAUCUUGCACUUCGCACCAUACCAGUUGCGAGAGUGCCAGAGACGCCAGUGUUGCCAUCUCUCAAGAGCGCAGCAAGCUUGCCACUUGACUGCUACGUCCUCGUCGACCACUCGACGCCGAUCGGCAGCAACGAUAGCGACUAACAGGUCCAUUCUCUAGUCGCAACCAUGCAGAACCUCAUCCACAGCUUCAUCGAUCCGCUGCGCGAUCGCUUCGCACCAAUCAACCACAACUCCGACUUCCGCAGCACUGGUCAGAUCACCCCAGAGGAGUUCCAGGCGGCUGGCGACUUUCUCGUCCACAAGUUUCCAAGCUGGAGCUGGGCCGAUGCCGCCUCGCCAGCUCAGCGCGUCUCCUACUUCCCGGCGGGAAAGCAGUAUCUCGUCACUCGAGGUGUGCCAUGUCGCAAGCGCAUCAAGGCCGAUGACUUCGCCGGCAAGGACAGCGAAGACCAGCUGGUCCUCGACAUGUUGAAAGAGACGGGCGAAGAGGUCAGCGGCGAAGAUGAUGGCUGGCUCAAGGCCGGUGGCGACAGCAGCAGAGAGAAGGCCAAGAGUGCAGAGCUGGUCAAGGAUGUUAAGACCGUUGACGACGAUGGAAAGCUUGGCGAGGACAUCGACGAGGAUGAGAUUCCAGACAUGGACGAUGAGGAUGACGAGGAGGCCAUCAUUCGCGAUGUCGGUGCCGGCAACAAGAACGGCGAAGAUACCUUGCGGACCUACACCCUCUACAUCACAUACACUCCAUACUACCGCACUCCACGUCUGUACCUGCAAGGCUACAACUCAAGCCUUCAGCCACUUCAGCCGCUCGCCAUGAUGGAAGACAUUGUGGGUGACUACAAGGACAAGACUGUGACGCUCGAGGACUUCACCUUCGUCGACCCGCCGAUCAAGACCGCCUCAGUGCACCCAUGCAAGCAUGCAAGCGUUAUGAAGGUCUUGCUGGAUCGUGCCGACGCAGCACUCAAACUCCGCAUCGAGAAGAUGAAGCAAGGAGAGAAGCCGUCUUCGGCAGGAAUGGAGGGCCUGGUCGACCAGACUACCAAGCUCGACAUCAAGGACAAAUCAUCUUCGCCAAAGUCCAAGGACGGUGACGCCGAAUGGGAGAUGCUGGACGGCACCCUGGAAGAAGAAGUUCCGGCUAUCCGUGUCGAUCAGUACCUCGUGGUCUUCCUGAAGUUUAUGGCUUCGGUGACCCCCGGCAUUGAGCACGACUUCACUAUGGGUGUCUGACUACAUCCGCCGUUGAAGAUCGAUUGGAGCGAAUGGGUACAGCCCCAUGCAGGGUUGGAUUAUCCCAGAGAGGUCGACUGGAUGGAAAUACGACGUUGCUUCGGCGGUGCUAUCAUGGCCGUGGGGUUGUAAAUGCCCACCGCGCUGAGAACGUCAAGGCCUUGAGGCCAUUGAAUUCGAUUGCAUAGCGAGGCGGCGCACUGGUUAGAGGGAGUCCGCGGGAUGUUAGAACUCAAUGAUACCAAGAGCGCUAAUGCAGAUACGCGACAUACGAUGAAUGAAGAGCAAUGCCACUUGUGCCUGUGUGCGCAGUGUAGUCCAGCA